UGUCUAACAUAUUUUCUUUCAUGCGAAACCUCAAAGUAUGAUGUACCAGGUCCAUUUGAGUACUGGGGAAAACGCUUUGCAUGCAUUUUUCAUGAUGAUAAAAGGCUCUGGACAGCAUCUGGAAAUGGAAGAGUUAAAAGAAAUUUCCAAACGCAAACGCUUAUAAAUACUGUUAGCCAUGUUUACACGUAUUUACAAGCAUUUGGCGUUUGAAACGCUGAUAAAAUCUACUCCUGAACGCAAUUUUGGUGCAUUAAAAAAAACGACGACUGUAAACGACAUAGUGUUGAGAACUGCUGGUGUACAUGGACACAUAAGAAAAUAUUAG